AGUUGCCUAUCAUGACAUAAAUCAAUGAAUAAACUAACCUAACGAUGCCUAACUACAAAGACAAAUGUUGAUAACACGAAAAUGUCACACAUUUUCCACGGUAUCAAGUUUAACUUGACGUAAUAAUUCGCCUAAGAAUAGUUUGGUGCUUUUAGAAUUAUGGAAACACCUGAUUUUCUUGUCCAAGAUGAUGUUUAUGAGCAUUCAGUUUUCAACAGCGAAGAAAUUCAAAGAAAUCCCCAAGAAACUGUAGGAGAAACAAGGGAUGAGUAUGCAGAGUACAACAAUUCGAUAUUUGACUCUAGCAGACUUAAUAUCAAAGUGGAACAGGCCGUAGAUAUCGCUGAAUCUGUUAUUGAUGCAACUGAUGAUGAAAAUGUUGCAGUUGAAGCCUUGAGGUCCUUAAGCGGCGCGCGUCCAAUUCAACUAAUCCACUGCUGCCCACGUUGCAAUUCACUUAAAUCGUCCCGCGAAGAAUUAGAAGAACAUCUCUCCACCUGCCAGAAUCAAACUCAAAAUGAUCAAGAUCAUGCAAAUGCAAAACCACCCCAACAUCACUGCCCAAUCUGCAAAGAAAGUUUCGAAAAACUCAAUGAACUCAACAACCACAUCGUGUGCCAUGCGUCUAGCCGCCCUCACGCAUGUCGCAUUUGCGGAAGUUUAUUCCUGCAAAAACAAGACCUACAUAAUCAUCUUGUAACACACGGUAUCUUACAAUCGCAUCAAUGUAAACACUGCGGGCAACAAUUUACGCGCAUGUCCGCAUUAACUAAUCACAUGAAAAUUCAUAGUUAUACAGCUGGUCGUGCAUUAGUCGACAAAAUCGGGGACACCAAUGAAUUAGAAGAUAUUCUCACCGGAAACUCUGAUCCUGAAAUGGAGGCGGUAGAUCAAUCACGACCAAGCACUAAACUCGUACUUCCCAGCAUUAAUAACAUUAGCAAUAUUAGUAUGACUAGUAGCACUGCGUGGGCGAUAAAUUACGAAAGCGAGGCCUACAACGGAAUGAAUCUGUCAGAUAUUAAUCCCAACAUUCCUAAUAUCAAUGACAACCAUCAUCUUAAACCGGAUAUAACCCCAAAUACCAGCACUUCCAGUUUGACAACCACGUCAACUUCCACUGAAACAAGUAUAUUGGAAACAAGCACUGAGGCUGACGUUAAACGUCCUUACAAGUGUGAUAAAUGCAACAAAAGUUUCGCGAGAGAAAAGGCCUACAUAAAUCACAUCAAUAAUGUCAAUAAUCAUUUCACAUGCGAUCGUUGUGAUCAACAUUUUUCAUCACAGAGGGCGCUGGAGGGUCAUAAACGAUAUUGUGGGAAUAAUGCGGCGAAUGAGGUUAAAUCGCGCGUUACUUUUAAAAAUGAUGAUAAAAGUUCGGAUUUUGAUCCAGCAACAUUCGAAAAACGUUACAAACACGUUUGUGAAGUGUGUAGUAAAAGAUUUUCAACGAAACAGAAGUUAUUCCGACAUGUCUGGAUACAUCGGAAGAAAUUACACAUUUGUGAGAUCUGCUCGGAAAGUUUCGAAGAUCAGAAGUUACUGGAUGCACAUCGUAAAGAAAAACAUCCUUCAGGUGGUCCGUAUGAUUGUGGAGAGUGCGGGAAGAAUUUCUGCUCACGUCAAGGACUUUGGGAGCAUAGUAGAACUCAUACAAAAGACAUUACACAUUUCAAAUGCGAGGAGUGUGAUAAGACAUUCACGAGUCGUCAAGGUUUUCUUAUUCACAAACGUAAACAUUCAGACGAACGUCCCUACGGUUGUAAGUACUGCAUGAAAAGUUUCCGAGAUGGCGGCACGCUGCGUAAACACGAACGUAUUCACACCGGCGAGCGUCCGCACGCAUGCCCCGUGUGCAGUAAGACAUUCAAUCAAAAAGUAGUCCUCCGCGAACACGUCCGUUGGCUACACGCCAACACUUCAACAGAAAACCAAGAUGGCCUCUUCUCCUGUCAACUGUGCGCGAGUACAUUUGCAGAAAAGGACGAACUGAGUGCGCAUUACAUGAAACACAGCGAUCAACUCGCACAGAUAGCAAAAGAAGCUUCCAAAAGCAAUAUUAGCACAACAAGUAAUGUAAGUAGUAUAAGUAUAACAACAAGUCCACCUAAACGAACGAAAGUAGAAAACGAUGUGAGUAUGGUGCAAUGUGAUGUUGAGAUUAACGAGGAAGAAAUUCCUUUGAUUACAAAUUAUGAAGUUAAUAAUCGCGAUACUGAGGUUAGCGUUGAGUCAACUUACUUUGAAAUGACACGUGUUCCACCAGAUGGCAGCAGUGUCAUUGAUUAUAAGCCUAAAAUUAAGGUAAGAGAAUUAUUACGGUCGCCUGAAGUAAAAAUGGAGUUUGAACAAAAUGGCGGCACAGUUGAUUUCGAAUGCGAUAUGUGUAGCACAUCUUUUGAUAAUAAGGAAGACCUAAGUCGACAUGUGAGUGUUCAUAUGUAAAUAUACUUAGGUAAGUUAAGUUUAGGUUAUAUUUUCAUGGUACACACACGACACGCAGAAGAUAAAUGUGAAACAUUGUGAAUAUUGUGUGAAUGUUUAGUUAUGUAGGAUUAAACUACGAAUUAUUACGAAUGAUUACACAUUAGUCGUGCUCCUUGCGCGGGAAGAUCGGCGAACGUUUCGGGGAUUUAGCACCGCCAACGCUGCCGGUUGAUAGUAGUUCACCUUCAGGCGAAGGUGAGCCGCCAUUAACUCGAUUUCCCCCCGCAGGCAGACGUACCUUUGUGUCUAGGUGACGGAACCUUAAAGCAUAUUAUGUAUAGUGAUUAAUUUUGGUUAUGUUUGUGAUAUACCUUAUGGGCACGUUGCUACUAGCGCCAUCUUCCUGCAUUCCUUGCAGUAUGAAAGCUAUUGGCCAACUGAUCCAUGAUGAAGUACUGUGUAUAGAAAAAUUAUAUUAUUUUGAAGAUAGAA